AUGGCUACAUUCGUCGCACAUAAAAUCAUGGGCACCGCUCUUCAAAUCACCGACAGCUCCGCGCAUGAUUCAAAGGCCAACCAAAAGGUUGCCAUUAAAAAGAUAGGGAAGCCGUUUGAUGGCAGUGCCCGGGUCAAGCGCACGUAUCGCGAGUUGAUCAACCUGACAGAUAUCUUCAUUUCACCAGCAGAAGACCUGUAUCUUGUGAUGGACUGUUUCAUGACAGACCUUCAUGAUUUGAUCCAAUUAAGCUCAAAGCCAUUGGAGGGCAAAUUCAUCCAAUUCUUCACCUACCAACUGCUGCGAGGCUUAAAAUUCAUUCACUCUGCUGGUGUGAUCCAUCGUGAUCUCAAACCCAGCAACAUUCUGAUCAAAGAAAACUGCGACUUGAAGAUUUGUGACUUCGGUCUAGCUCGAGAACAAGAUCAUCAGAUGACUGGAUAUGUCUCCACACGAUACUACCGAGCUCCAGAAAUCAUGUUGACUUGGCAAAGAUACAGUUACGCAGUGGAUAUUUGGAGUACUGGCUGUAUUCUGGCAGAAAUGCUCUUAGGGAAAGUCCUCUUACCGGGCACAGACAAUGUGCAUCACUUCCAACUAAUCACUGAGAUCUUUGGAAAGCCACCCAAAGGGAUUAUGGAGACAGUUUACAGCGACGUUACGAUGAAGUUUGUGAACUCUCUACCUGAAACGAAACCCCGAUCACUUGGAGCCAUCCUCGGAGAUGUUGACCCUGAAGCUAUUGAUCUCUUGGAGAAAAUGCUGGAUAUAGAUCCGAAAAAGAGAAUCACAGCGGCAGAUGCCCUAGCCCAUCCAUACGUCUCGACCUAUUCGGACUCCAACGACGAACCCGAGUGCAAGAAACAAAUUGACUGGUCUUUGUUAGAUUCGGAAAUGACAACGGAUGAAUGGAAGUGCAAAAUGUACUUCGAGAUUUUAAAUUACCACACUGGUUCUUACAACUGGGAAGACACUGACCCCAAAGCUCACGAGGGAAGAUUUGAGGAUUGGCUGCGCACCGAGAUAACGGUGGAACAGAUUACUAUUGACGUGAGCGACAACGCCUCGAUUGAAAAAGCAGCACAAUGCAUCAUCGCCUCUAAGCACGGACAACUCGACACACUCGCGAAAGAGCUCGAGAUCCUUCUGCAAUAG